AUGGCCCUGGUGGACAAACAUAAAGUGAAACGACAGCGGCUGGACAGGAUCUGUGAGGUUGAACCUGAUUAUACAAAUGAGAGCCACGUGUGGCGUCUCAAAACCCUCCGAGCCACCGCUCCUCCACCCACUGGAAACCCGCUUCCACCAUUAGACAUUGAGCUGCGCGGGGCAGAGAGGCCACUUGCUGAGAUCAUACAGCCUCUUUCCUGUUUCUUCACCUUGCCUGAACUUGAACUUUUUUCUUUUUUGCCAAUGCUUGUCACGAACAAACAGUUAGGUCUUGGACGCUCCCACAGUUGGGACACAUUAGGGGGGAAUGAGGGACAGUGGGAGAGGCAGUGUGACAGUGCAUACGAGCAGCAGCAGGCGAGAUUAGCAGGCCGAAGGAAUUCUCUCUCGUACGGGGAGGGAGGAGGGUGGUACGAGGCUCCACCAGGGGUGCGUCCCCCUGAGCUGGAUUUGAAACGUGCUUCAUAUUCCUAUCAAGACACUCCCUACGGACAGGUUUACGCAGAACGAGGACUCAGGAAGGGCUCUGUGCCGGAUAUAAACCACUACGAACGGGCAGCUAUGGCUCACAGAGGAUCGAUUUCCCAUCAGGAUUACUAUUCCCACGACCCAGCUAUGACUCCACGACCACCUGAGGGUCUUUACCGGCCAGAGCAUCAACCUCCACCGCCUCAUCCGCUCAGUCGGUCAGGUUCACAUUUUGGGAUGGCACCUGGAACUCGAGCUGUGUGGGAUCAAGGUCAGUCUGGGAGAGGAGCUCCCCAAGCCCCUUCAUCCCCUUUACCUCUACCUCCUCCUCCCCCUCCUCCAACCGCCCAUGAGUUGAAUCGAGUUUAUAGAGAACCUGGUGCGGUAACUGUUGCCAAGAUGAUGCAAGAUGGCCAACAGCGCUUACCCUCCCGGGAGCCAUCUCCUGCUCAUUACGGUAUGGAGCAUCCAUCUCCCCGGUAUGCCAGUGAGCCUCCACCUCUGACUGGCCAGUCAGUCUAUUCAGAAGUUGAUGGUCGCCCACUAGAUCCCCAGCAGCAAGGUGCCACAUGUUUGGUGACUGCAACAGCCAUUCCAGCUGCACCUGCCCCUGUGCAAUCUGCCCCAGUUCAGGCCCUUCCUCCCCCUGCAUCUCCACUUCCUGCUCCUACCCCUGUUGCCCCACCAGCACCCUUGCCUAUGGACCCCAAGAAGACAGUUGAUCCAGAAUUCCUUUCUUUGCUGCGAAAUGAGGGCCUCUCAGAGAGCACCAUCUCCUCACUUAUUCAGCAGGGAUUUGACUCCUCAAGCAUGCUAGCUGUUAUGGAGGAGAAUGACGUCCGCACUGUUGCCCCUAACCUGGGCCAGGCUCGUGUACUGUCUCGCUUGGUUCACAACUACAAAAAGCCAGUUGAGGCUACUCCGGCACCCUCGCGACCUCAGACACCCAUGCGAGGACGUUCUAAUAGCUUUAGUCAUCGCUCAGAUGUAUAUCACCAGCAGCAGCACCUACAUUCACAGCACCCUGCUCAGGCUUUAGCCAUGGAUCCCCAGCUAAUGCCCCCACAGACUCCUGGGGGCAUGCAAACAAUCUCCCCAAGAAUGGGAGAAGUAAUGGGUAGGAGGCCCAGCAGUGCCCCGUCUCAACACCUCCUUGAAGCCUCUGCAGGCUACCCAGGCCAACCACCUCGUUCCCCGGGGCCAUAUGCAGGAGCCAUUAUGCCUGUUCAAUCAAGACCUAUGUCAGCCUACUCCUCUGGGAUGGGAGUGCCAGGAGUGCAUAUGCAAGGUAUGCAAAUGAUGCCACAACAGAUGACUGGAUCAAUGCCUGCUAUACCUGGAUCUAUUCACCACAUUCCAGGUAUGCCACAGCAAAUGCCCGUGUCAAUGCCAGCUUUACAGCAGCCACCACAACAGGUGCCGAAAGCAUACUCCACCAAUUAUACAGUACCCAUGGAGCUGAUGAAGAGAGACAGGAAUUUAAUGCCAUUGUCACCCAUGCACAGCCCUCACCCAAGUCCUCAGAUGAUUCGCAAGGGUGGGGGACAAGUAUCAGACAAUUCUCUUGUUCCUGUGGGAGCGCCUGUACAAGGCCAAGGUGUCAUGGUUGCUAACCAGAAGCUAAGUCGACGCACAGGUCCACCAGUCAUCGUAUCCACAAUGGCAUCUCCAGACUCAAUUCUCCAGUUUGGCGCAAACGUCAUCGACAUUGGCUGCCUGUUCCCUCUCCAUUCGUCUGAGCCUGCUGCUCAAAUUCUGGGUGUCAAA